CACUUUCUGUCCUGAACAAGGACUGCAGCUUUAGGGAGGUGGCUGCAGUGGUUGCAGGUGCUGAAGGCAAGCACUUAGGUUGGUAUCAGACAUUGCAGCACUAGUGGAAGAUUGCAGGUAGGAAUGCUACCAGGGAAAUUAAAGGUAUCUUGCUCCCAGAUGCUGUAACAGUGAAGGGGAGAAACUUCUUGUACUACUGGAUUUUCAGAUUUGGUACAAAAUGGGAAUGAGUUCUAGGCAGCCACAUGAAAAAUAGGAAAAGCAUAGUUUUUUGGGUUUGUUUUUUUUUUUUUUCAUUUUCUAGAACACAGCCUUGAAAUAGCUAACAAGUUGCAUCAGGAGCAACUUAUUUGGUUCAACCUGUAUUUACUUUACUGGAAGAACCUUUAGGUUGUGAAAUGUACACAGUAUGUUCUUGUCCUUGUGCUAGAAUGAAAUACUUAAAAAGAGGAAAUGUUUUCAGUUUUUUUCCAGGAAUCUUUGAAUAAAUUUUAUCACCAUGAAUGAUUAAAAUUUGAGCUUUUAAAAAUAAACAUGUUUCUGCUGUGAUUCAAGUUCUGCUGUACCAGCAUAAAGGAGUUAAAGCCACAGCCUAAUGGCACAGUAAGAGAAGUAUGUAUAGGGGAAUCCCCACAUGGCAUAGGGCUGCCAGAGCUGCUUCUAUGCAGGGUCCUCUGCCAAAGCACACACAGUGCCUUUGUCUCCUGCUCUGGGCUUGGAAAAGCAGUUUUUCCUUCCAGGAGUACAGAGAAAGUGGGAAGGGUAUUCCAUGUAGCUGUUGUUUCUCUGGUGGGCUUGAGCAGACAGAAUAUUGGCAAGCUGUAAAAUCCAUCUGGGGUGGCCCCAUUCCAGAGCUAAACAGACCAAAACUGAUGCAUGGUUUUCCCCUAUUUCAUGGCAAAAACUGCUUCCAAGCCAAAUACUGCUUUAACUUUUCUUACAACUUUCACUUUUGCAUCACCAGAGAUGAUUGGCAAGACUAUUGCUUCAAAUGGCUUCACCAAGAUGAGGGACUUAGGGUAAUGAAUGUCUUAAGACUGAGAACAGAGACAUUGUACAAUUUUGGAGAAACGGUUUCCAUAGUGUUCUGGACAGAUACAUGGAAGCCAGAGAGCUUCUUUGACAAGAUUGAGAAGAACAGUCAGAAUGGAAUGCACACUCUGUGCUUACUCGAUAUUAAAGUGAAGGAGCAGUCUCUGGAGAAUCUCAUGAAAGGAAGAAAGAUUUAUGAGCCACCGCGCUACAUGAGUGUCAAUCAAGCUGCAGAACAGCUUCUUGCCAUUAUUCAAAACAGAAGGCUCCAAGGACUAAAACCAGAAAUUACCGAAAACACAAUUUGUGUUGGCCUUGCUCGUGUAGGUGCUCUAGAUGAGAAGAUUGCUUCAGGCACACUACAGCAGAUGUCCACUGUGGAAUUGGGUGAUCCGCUACAUUCCUUAAUUGUUACAGGCACUAUGCAUCCUCUGGAAUUGGAAAUGCUUAAACUUUUCUCUGUAGAUAGUUCCAGUUUUGACAAUAAUGCAUGUCAAAGGACUACUUAAAUAAAAAUGAGGCAUUUACAUUUUUA